UGGCUACGCGCGGCGCGGGGAGCGGUUUGAAUCGGCGGCGCCGGGCGGGGAGUAAUGGCAAAGUAUAAGAAAUGCAGACGAAAACGGAGAGCCCGAGAAAAAUUUCUACUGGAAAAAAAAGGAGAUGCUGCAAACCCCCAGGGCUCGGGUUGUCCUUCUCCACGGUCAGCAGGUGAUCUUCCUCUGAACACAUCAUCAGUCCCAAGCCAUCUGUCCUCACUCUGGUCAUUAGCCUUGCCCAGUGUAAAAAAUGUGGUAAAACCCUUUACAACAACAGCAUCACUUUUGUAUUGUUGGUGCCAGAACACGGUUGCACAGAGUUUUAAGGUGGUUAAAGACACCAUAUUUCCAUCACAAAUCUACUUAAGGGAGCUAAAUACAUUCAGAGAGCAGCUGGAAAAGUUGGAAACUGAAUUUGCCAGUCUGCAAGGAACGCUCCAGAUGAAUGGAAUUGCAGCCUUGUCUUCAGAAAAUUCUCUUUGUCAAAGGUGUAAUAAACCAGUUCUGGGUGCUCCUGGACAAAUGCAGAUGGGCCCGCCGUCAUCAGUAUCUGGGCCUUCCGCAAUACAGCUGCAGCCUGUAUCUGCGCCCCCUCCACCUCCUCCUCCUCCGCCACCACCACCACCACUACCGCCACCAAAGCUGCCUCCAGCACCUCUCCUCCUCAAACGGGGCAAUGGCUCUAAAGCCCUUCUGGCACCAUCACUGAAAAAAGAUGGGCCGAUGCAGAUCACUCUCAAAGAUCUCCUGAAUGUUAAACUGAAGAAGAUUAACAGCAACCUAAGAAUGGACAAGGCAGAAUCACCAGUGAAGACACGCAGGGCAUUAAUUACAGCCUCAGAUUUACAGAGUGUUAGUCUGAGACCUAAAUCCAAGCCAUUAGCUCACAUUAAAAACUCCUUAAUUACCCCUCCUAAAAAUCAGCUAGAUCUUCGAAAACAUCUAAAGAAAGUCAAUAUACAAAGAAGUCCCGGUGGCACUCCGCUAAAUAGUAAAGAAAACAUUGAAUGUGGGUCUGGGUUGACACCAAUAAUGACACAGGCACUACGGCGCAAAUUUCAGAUGGCUCAUCCAAAGAGUCCCUCGCCUGCCCGGUUAAGCGCGGCUAACAGCUUUGAUGAACAAAAGUUCAAAGAAAAGCAGCAGUUCAGCACUCUAGUGUCAUUUAAGUGAAAGGCUGCAAGCUUCCACAAGCAAUUCCAUUAUGUGGGUAAGAACGUAUGAUGCAAUUGCAGCACGCAUCGCUUCUGGCUGGUGCCAGAUCACCUAUCACGUUAAAAGACGGCACCGCUGAGGCAGGUAACUGGAGCCUCCUCGAGUGUACAGUCGAGUUCACCGAGAGCUACAGUGCCGGAGAGGCGACGUCCCCGUGCCGCGGCUCCCGGUCGGGACCAGGACCUGCUUUCACCAGCCGCUGAAGCCGUUUUCCAGAGAGAUGACAUUGGAGCGUGGACUUUUCGUGGCACGGCAAUGACCCGGCAUCGCCUCCCGGAGCAGGACCCUCGGAGGGAACGGCGGCACUGCCGAACUGCAAAC